AUGGCGCAAUCUCAUGAACUACAGGUUCUCCCCCCCAGCGCCGGCUAUGGCAUCGUCAUCGGCAUCGGGGGCAUCUUCGCCCUCUUCAUGCUGGGCCUCACCUGGCUCCAGAACCGCUACACACACUUCUCCACCCACCAAGCCGAAGAGUUCAACACAGCCUCUCGAUCAAUCAAGCCCGGGUUGAUCUCCGCCGGCAUUGUCUCCUCCUGGACCUGGUCCGCUACCCUCCUGACAAGUUCCACCUUCGCCUACAGCUACGGCGUCUGCGGCCCGAUGUGGUACGCCGCCAUGGGGACCCUGCAAAUCCUGCUCUUCGGCCUCAUCGCCAUCAAGAUCAAGGCCCAUGCGCCCGGUGCCCACACCAUGCCGGAGAUUGUGCGCGCUCGGCACGGGACAGUUGCGCAUCUGACGUACCUGUACAACGGACUCGCGACGAACAUGCUCGUCGGCGCGUGUCUGGUCCUCGGCGGGGCGCAGGUCGUCGCCGCGCUGACGGGCAUGAACGUCUACGCGGCGACGUUUCUGAUUCCGGCUGUUGUGGCCGCGUAUGUGAUUGCUGGUGGGCUGCGGUCGACGUUCAUUGCGGAUUACACGCAUACCGUGAUCCUGUUUGUCGCGAUUCUGGUAUUUGGCUUCCUGGUUGCGGCGAGUAGCGAUUUGAUCGGGAGUCCGGGGAGGUUGUAUGACUUGCUGCAGGAGGCGUCGAGGGAGAUGCCUAUCGCGCGGAACACCGACGGGUCGUACCUGGCUUUCCGGUCUGUGGGCGGGCUGGUCUUUGCGAUUGAUUUGUUUGUGUCUGGGUUCACGACUGUGUGGCUGGAUCAGGCGUAUUGGCAGCGGGCGAUUGCCUCGAGGCCGGAAACUUCUGUCAAGGCGUAUCUCCUGGGUGGGAUUGCGUGGUAUGGCAUCCCAUUUGGCUUUGCAACAGCCAUGGGUCUCGGGUGCGCAGCCCUGACCAACAAUCCGGCCUUCCCUACAUACCCCCAUCCACUGUCAUCCGCACAGGUAGCAGCCGGCCUCUCUGCCCCGGCCACAGCCAUAACCCUCCUCGGCAAGGGGGGCGCGGUCCUCAUGCUCAUCCUCCUCUUCAUGGCCGUCACGAGCUCCACCUCCGCCGAACUCAUCGCCGUAUCGUCCCUUCUGACCUUCGACGUCUACAAGACGUAUUUCCGCCCGCACACGGACUCGGCCACUCUGGUGCGGGUUAGUCACUGGGCCAUUGCGCUGUACGCGCUCGUCCUCUCCGCCUUCUGCAGCAUCCUCAACGCGGUAGGUUUGAGUCUCACCUGGGUACUCACCGUGCUGGGCGUCAUUGUCGGCGGGGCGGCGGUGCCCGUUGGCCUUAUUCUGCUCUGGGGGCGGAUGUCGACAGUUGCUGCUAUCGUGGCGCCGUGGCUCGGUUUUGUUUGUGGGAUAGUGGUCUGGUUCGUUACCUCGAUGAGACGGUCUGGGGCGAUUAACGUCGAGACGACGGGGGAUGGGACGAACGCCGUGGCGGGGAAUCUUGCUUCCUUUGGGGUUGGUGUCGUCUCGGCUGUGGUAUUGAGCUAUCUGCUUCCAAAGAAAUAUCCGUGUGUGGAUGCUCAGGUUGCGCCGGCAAUUGAGGGGGUGGUUCCAAGGUCGCAGGACACAGUGCAGCCAUUGAAAGCUGACGGUAAUGAGAAAGAGACCCCGGCGCCGGCAAAGAAUGAGAUUGUCGAGUUCCUUCAAGACAAUCAGAUCGAGCCUAUGGAUCCAGUUCUGGUUCGCAAGGCGGAACGGCUGGCGCAGGGGGCGAAUGUAGUCUUUAUCCUCAUCGCUGUGAUCCUCGUGCCUUUCACUCUCUUCGGAACUGGCUACGUGUACAGCAGACAGUUCUUUACCGGCUGGGUAGUCGUGGCGCUGAUCUGGAUCUGGGCCAGUGUUAUCAUCUGCGUGGUAUAUCCCGUCGUUGAGAGUGCCGGUGCGCUAAAAGACAUUUCUAGAGGACUAUGGAUGGACCUGAAGGCGCUGAUGGGAGUGAAAAAGAAGACUUUGCAGACCGGCGCCGUCUAA